AUGGUAUUAUCGUCUUCUGAGGACCUGAUCCUUCGCGGAACUCCCAAUGGUCAUUCUACACUUCCACUCGGAUCCGAUAAACUGGGAAGCACAGCGGUGAUUGGUGAGAGACAAGAAAUGAGAGAUAACCAGACUGUAGAAUCAAACAACCAACUCUUAAACAAAGAUAAUAAUAACGAGGAGCAAACAAUUUACAUUUCAACGUGCCACUGGCUGUCACCCCAACUGACUAGUUUUGUUAGUGUUGUUGUUCAAAACUCGGAUGGGAAACGAAGUUAUACCUACACAAUGCAAAAGGUAGAUAAUGACGAGUUUCUGGUGAUAGACGAAGCUUGUGUGACUCACCGUGUAAAGUGCCAUGAGAGACCUCUGGACCACAUAAUUCCAAAUACCACCUCAACAUACUCCAUGGCACACGUACAACCCACCGGUGUGGCAAUCAGUCACUUACCGGAUGAGCUUAAUGCUUUCUCAGUUUUCGCAGUACUGACAGCGGUUGCCUUCAAACCAAACGCAAGCAAAGAAUUGUGUAUGUUAGACAAUUGGAGUUGCGAGUUUCUUGCCCAUAGUCUUUUACCAGCAACAUCUGACCGUUCCUGUAACACGUCAACAUCUGUGAUUACACCAUCAGCGACGGAGCAGUACUUUCAAAAUGAUCAGGUAUUUCCUCCCAUAUCGAAGCUAGAUGUUGACGAAGCAGAGCCGAUAAAUCCUUCUCCAUCCUAUCAAAAUGGGAGCACUGACAACUGUCACAGAAAUAAAUCGCUCAGUCGAGGAGAUAUGGCGGAGUUACCAGCAACGGUGUAUGAUAAAACAGCGCGUUUCAGCUCCCUACUCAAAUGCCGAGAUUACGAGCAGCCUAGACGAACGACGAGAUCUUAUGGUCGUCAUAGAAAGCGCUACUCAAAUGCCAGAAAUAUUUUCAAAAUCCCACUUUCGAGAUCUCGCCUUUCUGGCUUUACUGUGCCUGGAAGAAUCCCACAUAAACUGCAAGAAGCUAACCAAUGGCAAACAUUGCCAAGCGCAAAACAAGAAAUAAGAAGGCAUAGGAGUGACGUGGGAGUUCUUUCUACCUCUUGCCGGCUUCCUGGAGAAGUCACGGACAUGGCUGAGCUGUGGGAUCUUCUCAAAACUGGCAAAAACCCAUCGUCUAGGAUACCUAUAGACAGAAUUGAGACGAGAGAUUUGCUCAUCGAAGGCAGAAAAUAUGGGAAUCCCGUUGAAGGAGGCAACUUCAUUUCACAAGACGUGUCUUUCUUUGACUGCUCUUUCUUUGGCAUUUCGGCCAGGGAAGCGGAAGCAAUUGAUCCUCAGCAGCGCCUCCUUCUGGAGUGUGUGCAAGAAUGUCUUGAAAAUGCUAGCGUCACCGAGACUGCUGAAAUUGGGGUAUUUAUAGGUUUGAUGGAGAAAGAAUAUCCAGACCUAAUGGAAACCAGCAACUCAGUUCUAUCUUUGCUCGGGUCGAUGUGUGCUGUAAUAGCUGGGCGGAUCAGUUAUGUCUUCGGCUGUCACGGUCCCGCUGUUACUGUUGACACAGCCUGUAGCUCCUCACUUGUAGCAGUUGAGCUUGCUAUUAGUGCUCUUGAAAGUGGCAGGUGCUCUCAAGCUAUUGUAGCUGGAGUAAAUCUAAUACUAAGCGAAAAAGGGCAGGGUGCUCGUGCAAACGGCAAGAUGCUGUCCCGUCAUGGCAUGUCGAUGAGUUUCGACGCUAGAGCAUCCGGCUAUGGACGUUCAGACGGAUGUGUUGUGAUGCUGCUCGAACUGGCCAAAAGCAAUCGUGAAUAUCUAGGUAUAGUCAAAGGAGUGAAUGUUAAUCAUGGAGGAAGGGCUGUAUCGUUGACCACACCCAAUCCUGUGGCCCACAAGAUGCUCCUCACCUCCUUGAUGCAAGACUGUGGUAGCCCGGACCCCCAGUACUGGGAAGCGCACGGGACUGGUACAGCUGUCGGUGACCCAGCGGAGUUUGACACGCUAUCUAAGAUGUUCAAAGACAUCAACAUCGGAUCUAUUAAAAAUGUCAUAGGACAUGGGGAGGCCUCAGCAGGCGGAGCGGCUCUCAUCAAACUGUUACUCAUGAUCCGACACGAUUACAUACCUCCAGCUAUUCAUUUUCAUGUUUUGAAUAAGCGAAUUGAUGCUGGAUCUUUGACGCUGCCAGUUGUCGGAGAAGAUGUGGAACUGAAUACAUGUGGGUUGACAUCUUUUGGGGUGAGUGGGACCAACGCUGCAGGUUUGGUGCAUGCAGCUGCCGCACCAACUCUGCGAUUGCUCGCAAUGAAAAAAGUUAAUCUGUUGCUCAUUUCUGCGAAAGAAGAGGCUUCAUUGCGGCAGUUGGUAGAGAGUGUCAAAGAAUGUUUGAUUACAACCAAACAUUCCGUGGAUGAGGUAGCUGCUGCUCUCGCAAGACGACAACACUAUAAUUUCCGAUGCGCAGUGGUUGUGAACAGGCAAGGGCAUGAACUAUUCGAAUGCUUCGGUAAAGUGACGCAAACGGAUUCUGGAAGAUUUGUCGCAGUGCUGUCGAACUGUAGCCUUUCAUACGAUCUGCUGUCCUUUCCAGCUCUACUGAAAUAUUUCAACUCGCUUGAUGAUUUUCUCAGCAAUGAUGAGAAACUGCUGAUAUCCUUCAUCACGUUCAUGGCCGCUGUUCUAGAAAAAGUAGACUUUUACGCUGAAACAGGUCGCGAACUUGUAGCUGUCCUCAUGGCAAUUUCUAUCCUGCCGAUUUCUCAAGCUUCGGCCAAACUCUUGAGACUGCCGAAUACUGAAAUUGUAGUCAACACUUUGAAAGAAUUCGAAAUAUCUUCAACAAAGUGUGAAGAGCUCAACGUAACUGCAACACCUACAUGUGAUUCAAAUUUCUCUAAAUUGGUGUGCGAUGAGUCUGUGACCAUGAACUACCUAAAAUUGCUUGCGUUGUUUUCAAAGCUGUAUAUCAAUGGUUUCCCGCUAAUAUUUUCCAAUCUUUUCAUGGAAAUAAGCACUAAUGUCGCGUUACCCAACACCCCAUUCAAUCGCAGACAGCUCUGGUUCAAGAAGAAAAGUCAUGCAUUCGACCACUACCUCCUUGGUUCCAUCAAAGAAAAGCAAGCGGACAAAACUGUUUUUAUAAACUAUAUUGACGACUUGCGGCAUCCACAACUUCUCGGUAAAAAUCAAAUAGGAGCGAGCUCUGCUUUAGAAAUUGCCUACACUGCGCUGAUACAACAACUUCAUGGCAACGUCGUGAUAGAACAAUUUCGUGUUCAUGUGCAAAACCUGAGCCGGUCGACUAAACUUUUGACGACAGUAAAGCAGUGUGAUGGUGUUUAUGAAGUGACUUCACAGCUUGAAGGCAGGGACUUUUUUGAAUGCCGUGCUACUUUCAACAAUAACAAAUCAAAGACUUCUUCAACUACUCCUGCAAAAUCAAAAUCGGUUUAUUCAAAUUCUCCCAUGUAUCUAUCAAAUGCACGCUGUGCUAUAGUAACGCGUGAUAUUGCCUCGAAAAUAGUGAGAGUACACUCAAAAACUAAUCAAUUGUUAUACACUGCUGUUUUUGAGAUAGCUUGGAAGAUGUUUCCUGGAAUAAGACUGGACAGAUUCGUCAUCUUCGCAAAGCUACCCUCCAGGUAUGAAGUGCUGAGCAAAACAUCUAGAAGUGGGAAUGGGAUUGAAGUAUGGGCAAGUGGCAAACUCAUAAUGAUGGCAGACGAUUCCACCAACAGUAUAGUCAGAAUGGCAAAUGCUAGGAGCAACCUAGUUAUUUACGAUGAUUCUCAAAAGAUGGAGCAAGCAAAGAAUAACAACACAGCGCAACAAUCCGUAAACGCAGAUUGGGAAGGUCAGAGCGCAACUACGGACAGACCAAGCUCUCGGAGAACAGCGCGCAGACUGAACCCUUCAUCAUCAACUACGGAGUAUGUACUAAAGAAGGUUAUCCAAGCAGCGCAAGAGCCGAUGAAACUUUCCACCGCUGAUAUUUCCAACCACCCCACCAUUGAACGAGUGGGCAAACAUACUCAACAGAAACUGCUAGAACCAAACCACAAAGUGAUUGAGCCUUCGAGAGUGAUCGAGCAACGACAAGCUUCAGAACAAGGAAGAACAAAAAGGCAAGCGUCACCACCUCAGCAGAAUACGCAAUCUCCUUCAAGAGGAGAAGAUGUCGUCAUCGAUGACGUAUUCCACAAAGUCAUCAGGGCUACUCGAGAGGUUCUUCCUCAGGAACUUGUGGUAAACUCUACCUCAAUGUCAACGGGUUUCAUGGAACUAGGCUUAGAUUCGUUAAAUCUCAUGGACUUUGUGGAAAUUCUUAACAACAAAUACUUCCCGAACGUUCAGAUUCAAACAACGGACAUAUUCGACUAUCCUACCAUUGAGCAGCUUGCUGAACACAUUCGAAAAAAGUUGGUGGACCGACCAAGCCAGAAAAUUGAGCCGAAGUUAACAGAACAAGAACAACCGUCAGCACCUCAUCAGAAUAUGCAGUCUCGUACACGAGCAGAAGAUGUCGCCAUAGACGAUGUUCAAGCUUCUCAUAGUAAAUUGAGAAAAGUUGAGCAGGUUAUGAGUCAACAGAUGCCACCAGGACUUUCAGAUCUGAACAGUCUCAGAAAGUUCCCCAAUGGUCGUACAGGCUAUACACAUAUACAUGUUAGCCAUGAUACACUCACGGAACGGAUGGAGCACAUGCGGAAUGGACUCGAUUCUCCAAAGCGAUUUGUUGAAACUUCGGGAGAAGCGGAUAUGGCACAUGACAACGUUCUCAGUGAGUCUUACACUGCUGUGCAAACUAUCAACGGAAAACAAGCCUCAGACCAGUCAUUUUCUCCGUCGGAAUCAAUCAUCGAUCCGGACAACAUCGAAGAAUUAAUAUGUCAACGAAAUGGGUAUCCUUCAACUACAGCGUCAUCAUCAGAUAAUGUUGAUCGUCCUUCUCAUCCGUCAUGCACGAAAGAACUUCCACAUGAUACUGAGACAUCAAAUCACCACAACUGCAAUAACGCUGAUGAAUUCGACGUUCUUCCCACUUGCUUCAAGAGCGAGGGGAGAAAUCUCAUUGCCUACACCGUGACUGCCGACGAUGUUGAUGUGCAGGCUGACUGUCUACUGUCAUUCACCAGCACAGCUCGUCUUUCUCUGCUUUGCCUCCGCAGCCAGGAAGAAGUGCUCAUGGAUUUCUCAGCAAAUACUACACAGCAGCAACUGUCGAAAUUCGUUCGUAACGCUUCUGUUAUAGCUUUCAACGCUACCCGCGACGUCACUCCACAAGUGCUUUUUCAGUCUCUACUUUUCUUCUCUCGGCUACUCAUCAAGAAUGGCGCAGAAGUAAAUUUCUUCGUUUGUAACACGGAUUCUCCUACCAAUUCCCUGGCCCGCAGCUUUUUCAUGACGUUAGCAGCUGAGAAGUUUCCGAAAAUUCGCUACAUUCGCUGCGAACGUUUCUGCGCAUUCGAAAUAUCUCGACGAGAUUUGGCGCCAAAGUUAGGAGGAAGCUGGCUGAUCACAGGAGGAUUAUCUGGCAUAGGCUUUACCAUAGCGAAGUGGUUAGCUCAAGAAUGCCAGGUUGAGAACUUACUACUGGUCAGUCGACGCUCUCCGAACGAGUUCCUAUUGCAGGAAGUGGAGGAGCUAAGAAAAACAUGUAGAGUACAUAUUAUUAGCGCUAAUAUCACCGACUAUGCCACUAUGUCCACUCUGUUCGCUAAUCUCUCCUUCAAAAUCAACGGCGUCAUCCACAGCGCUGGCAUAUUACGUGAUGCCGUUGUUGAAGGCCAGAGCUCCGAGAGAUUUAAAGAGGUUUUCGCACCAAAGGGAGAUGGUUUUGACAUCCUAGAAAAGCUACUCAACGAGUAUGGCCACCACUUGGACUAUUUUAUAGUCAUGUCAUCAGUGACAGCCAUCUGCGGCAAUGUUGGCCAGCUCAACUAUGCUGUAGCAAAUGCCUAUCUCGAUCAUAAGAUAUACACGCGCAGAAGAAGCGGUCUAGUAGGAACAACAAUCCAUUGGGGUAACUGGCUGGAAACUGGCAUGGCAAUAAAUGCACAGAAAAAGCUGAGAAGUAUGGGUUUUCUAGGCCUCACCACGGACGAAGCACUGGCAUUCAUGAAGUAUGUUGUCAAGUAUAAGCCAGUGGAAAUAGUUGCAGCCAAAAUAGACUGGUCCACGUUAUUCAAGAAGCGUCCAGACAUGGACCCCAGCAUUGUGUCUUUGCGAAGUCUGGACAUCCAUGCGGGUAUUCGUCCAAGCGAAAAAAUGGCAAAGUCUGUUGCACAAGACUUCACAGUACGAAAUCAAUGUCAGCAUUCAGAAUUUGGAGAAUUCAGAACUCAUACGGAGCAACUUAGUGAUAAUACUGUAGCGAGCACAGCGCCAGCGCACGAACCCAACACCGAGCCACUAAAUCAUUGUCCAGUUUUUGGUCUGAACAUCUUUUAUGAUGAUGAAGGCGACUUCCACAGUUCUAUUUCUGAGCAAAUUGAAUACCUAACCAAACCAUUGCACUGUCCUUCGAUUCAUAACAGAUCAAAACUUCGAGCUUCUCAUGUUAUGGGCAACUCGAUACAUGAAAUCAUCAGGAAUUUAAGAACUUUGAGUCCCGUAGGAACCCUUAGGAAUGUCAGCGGCAAAACAGCUAUGAUCUUCGCUGGACAAGGUGCUCAGUAUUCUUGCAUGGGAUUGCAGCUUAGCGACAUGUUCCCAGUUUUCAAGCACCACUUUGAAAAAUGCCUCACUACUGCUAAUGAUUAUUUGAAAGAAAGCCCCACGUUACUGGAAAUUAUCCGAGAUCCAACUAAAGCUCACCUUCUUCAUCAGACCAAAUACGCGCAGCCAGCGAUGUUCUCCUAUGGUUUUGCGUGUGCAAAGUUAUGGGGAACGAUCGGAUUCGAACCAGACUUUUAUCUUGGUCACAGCGUGGGAGAGCUGGUAGCUGGCGUCGUUUCGGGCAUUCUGAGCUUAGAUGAAGGCAUCUGGCUGGUCGUUAAAAGAGGCAUCGCGUUGGAAAAGAUUGCAAAUCGUGGAGGAUUAGUCGCACUGGACAGUGAAGUGAAAUCAGAACUUCUUUCAAAAUUUGAGGUAUCAAUAGCGGCUAUGAACAGUCCAAAGCAAAUGGUCAUUGCUGGAAAGUAUGACGAACUCGAAGCUGUUCAUGAUUUUAUGUUGUCCAAGAACAUGCAGUGCACAGUCAUCAAUGCUCGAUAUCCUUUUCAUAGCACUCUCAUCCAAGAUCAAGAUCUAUAUGAUUUCAAAGAAGCACUGAAAACAGUUAACUUCAGAAAAGGUCAUAUUCCUAUUGUCAGUAAUGUUUCCGGACGGUUGAUCUCAACAUUCUCGCCUGAGUAUCUGAUUGAACACAUACUGUAUCCGGUAAAUAUGGUCGACUGCAUCCGUACGCUUGAGUUUCUCAAUGUAACAACAUGGGUGGAAGCGGGCACAAGUAACACAAUUAUUCCCUUCGUACGGGAAACACUCAAAAUCACUGAGAGGAAGAAACAUGCACUUCUGUCUACAGCUGUGGAGAGAAGAAACGUCUCUGAGUGCUUUGUUCGAGCGGCCCUCGAGUUGGAGAAAAGAGGGGUUGCGAUAAAUUGGCCUGCCAUCUAUUGUAGCAACGCGAAUAGUUUCGCACGCGAAAAACUUGUCGAAUUUCCUUUGAGAGUAGCGGCGUCAUUCACAGAAGAUGAUCUCCAUGUUCUAAAGAAUCACUAUGUCGACGACGAGAAUCUUAUACCUGGAGCCUAUCAGUUUUACAUUCUGCUAAAGUGGCUCAAUGGAGCUUCUCGGUCCGAUGGCUAUUUCACAUUGGUAAAUAUCAAAUUUACAAAUGCAUGGAGAUAUGAGGACGGACAUGACUACGAACUCAUUCAAACCAACAGCGUCACCGUACACAUUGUGGUAAAAGGAAUAACAAGGUCCACCAGCCAAAUCCGUUUCCACAAAAAUCCUCCCAAACCCUGUCUUGAAAGAGAAAAUGUCGAAAUGAACUGCACUUUGGAUUGCAAUGUAGAGGAUUUCUAUACCAGGAUGGCAGUCAAUGGACUUGACUAUCGAGGACAAUUUCAAGCAAUCAAAGUACUGAAACGAAGUAAAACUCAAACGUACUCUUUAUUGGACUAUAAAAAUCCAGAAACGCUGUGGGUUCUGAUGGAUGCUGCAAUGCAUGCAGUUUGUGUAAAUGUCAUGGAUCACCGUCCCGAUGUGUACUUCCUUCCAGUCCAUGUUGGAGAGAUUUAUCUAUGCGCUGAUUUUCAUAUAUCACCAUCAGAAGCAGUAAUUGCCAUCACCGAAAAGGUGGCAGAAAAUGAAAAGCACAUCAACGCGCACGCAUGCAUUUACGCAGGUGAUAAAUUAGUUUUUCAGUACAAGAAUAAGUUCAGCUUGAUCAAGAAGAGACGCACACUUGAAGAGGUCGUCAAUGCAGAAGAUGUGAGCAGAAAGGAACACACAAAGAUAAUAAAGUCUUGUUCUGAAAACGACGAGCCGACAAAACAAACCAGACCUGUUUAUAUUCUAAGUUUCGACGGCGAUUUCCUAUAUUCAUCAUCAGGAAAAACACAGAUUUGGCAGGACUUGAAAGUAGGAAUAUUAGGACAAAGAACAGCACAAAGCAGUUCUGCCAAGUCCAGUAUCGUAAAGUGGGACCCAGUCUUUUUCGGAAUUACCCCGAAGGAAGCACCCUAUAUCGAUGUUCAACAACGUCUCAUGCUGCAGUCUGUCUCACGGUGUUUGGAAGAUGCCAAACCAUUGAUGAUAACAAAGAAAACAGGGGUAUUCAUCGGUGUUAGCGGGAAUGAUUUCACAAAUCGCGCCUACAGCGAGAUGAAAGAAAACGCUAGUGGAUACUACAGUAGCGGAACUAAUGGAAGCUGUAUUGCGGGCAGGAUUGCUCACUGGCUGAAGUUGGAAGGGCCAGUUCUUGUUGUCGACACAGCCUGUUCCUCCACUUUUACAGCUCUAACCUGUGCCAUAGAUUCUCUGAUUCAAAACAGAUGUGAUUACGCCAUUGUAGGUGGCAUAAAUGUAAUCCUUCACGAUACUGUCACGGAAGUGUUGAAGAACGCUGGCAUGUUGUCGACGAAGGGAGUGUGCCAUGUGUUCGAUGCGGAAGCUGACGGAUACAUCAGAUCGGAAGUGGCUGGCUGCGUCCUGCUGUCGAGCCACGGUAGAGGCGCACGAUUUCAAAUCCCAUCUUGGGCCAUAGGACAUAAUGGACAAGCCGCUUCACUUCAAGCACCAAACGGCACUUCUCAGGAGCGCGUGAUGAAAGCCGUUUGCAGAAAAGACCUGCUCGAUGUGGAAUGCCAUGGAACCGGCACGUCUUUGGGUGAUCCAAUCGAGGCGCAAGCCGUCUCCAAUGUACACGGACAUGUAACGGUGUCUAGCGUGAAGAGUCAAAUCGGACAUGCAGAAGCUGCCUCUGGCAUGGCUUCUUUAAUCUCCUGUAUGCUACAGAUGGAACACAGCUAUAGGCUCAAUCAAGCACACUUCAAAUGCCCGAACCCUCGAAUUGACUGUCACCGUCUGCAGGUGAACGUUGUCGGUGAAGAUCGCUCGGUCCAACUUCUUGCGAUAAACAACUUUGGAUUCAGCGGUACGAACUGUUCUGUUCUACUUCAGAAGGAACCGGCUCGACAUAUCACUUCCAUUGGUGUAUGCAAGUAUCAUCUAGCGCCAAUCUCUGCCAAAGAUGAACAAACCUUACUGAAGAUGGUAGACGAAGUUAAGGCAUAUGUGCUGUCUACCAGCAACGACAUUGGCGAUGUUUGUGAAUCAUUGCAACAAAACAAACCUCAUCAUCGUUAUCGUCAUUGCCUACUUUACGAUAACAAAAGGCGAAUAGUUUGGGAGCACGGACAGAGCUGCAAUGUCUCCUUUCUAGAAAUUGGUAAGAAUGAGCGCGAUUACAUAGCUUUUGAAUACGGAAGAGGUUAUCUCGUACAUGAAUCUCAUUUUCAUUCAAACCUAGUGGCUUUCUGUGGCAGCUUAUUGAACAGAGUAGCAUCCAAACCAUCCAACACGGUGUCUUCAAUGACGGGUCCACAAUUCCACCAAUUCAUAGGAUGCAAGUUUGUGGAGGGCCAUUCCAUUCAAUGGUCGCUGUACAAUAUCGCCCCAACAAAUGACAGUGUCAAACUCCCCACUUAUUCCUUCAAACAAGAAGCGUACUGGCCGUUUGAUGAUCUGUUUGCCAGUAAUUUCACAACUUCUCAUCACCAAGUCAAGGAUAUUCUUUACGAAAAGUCUUUUCUUGCAGUGCCUAAAGGCAAGCGUGACAGGAGUAUCCCAGUUAUGGUCCUGGGUCGAAAAGUGCGCAUAGCAAAUGUGUCAUAUAUGCCUUUGCCUGCUGUCACGUCUUUUGAAUCAACUCAAACACGCAUUGUUCUUUAUCACUCGUACUCUUCGACAGUCAACGAAGCCCUAAAAGUGAUGAAAUUAUGGCAGGCACUCGAACAUCGGCGAGCAUUCAUUCUCAUCGUAGCAUGCCGCAAUAACACCACUUCUUACACAGAAUGGACAGCUCUUCUUCGUUCAUUAGCCAGCGAACGUGAACAUCCCUACAAAUUCGUGUCAUACACGCUUCUUGCGCAGCUCGAAGCAGAGCUUUCGAACAACGACAUUUUUGAAAGCAUAUUCUAUCGAGGGCUGGAGAGGUACGUCGAGCGACUAAUUCCAGCUGAACCGAAGAAGAUUCCUCCUCCAUCGCCACGGCAUCUACUGAUCACAGGAGGAACAGGAGGGGUUGGCAGAAAACUGAUUGACUUCAUGAAACCAGCAAAAUUGACUAUUGUGGCAAGAAAAGACAACACUUUUAUGGAAGAAUAUAAAGAGGCAACACUGGUUAAGUCUAGCCUGAAUUCGUUAGACCUUCCUGCUAAUGAGAUAUACGACAUAGUGGUCCACUGUGCCGGUAUCGUAGACAACGGGCUCAUGUCGGCUAUGGACCGCACAAAAAUGAAAAGUGUAUGUUUACCCAAGGUCACAGGAUUGGGUACUUUGUACAAAGAAUUAAAGAGAAGAAAACCGACGAAGUUGAUUCUGGCAUCCUCAGUUGCUUGUAUUCUUGGCUCUGUUGGACAGGCCAAUUAUGCCUUCGCAAACGGACUCAUGUCAUCCUUAGCGGAAAAGCAUAAUGUACCAACACAAAUUAUUCACUGGGGACCUUGGAAGAAUACCGGAUUGCUCCGGAACCCUCAAAGCGAGAAAAUCUGCGAGCAAAUGCAUGCUAGGGGAUGGAAUCUUCUAGAAAGCAGUCAAGCACUUGAUGUUUUAUGCACAGAUGCACAAAAUGUGCUUGUAUUCGAUGGAGACAUCUCGAAGAUUGUUGAAACACAAAGCCACCUGCAAAAGUUUCUCAGCAAACUCACAUGUGUGGAUAAAGUACUUCCCGAGAAAAAAGCAGCAAUUACUGCUGAAGUUUCUCAACCAAUCGAAGUGUUCAACCAGAAUAGUAUAGAAGAUAUAAUUACAGAAGUCAGUGGAAUUGAGGAGAUUUCGACGCAACGCCAUACACCAUUGAUGAAUCUUGGAAUUGACUCACUCAUGAUCGAAGAAAUUAGGAGUAAAAUUAACGAAAGGCUUGGUUGCACUUUUACCUCGAGGGAAAUUUACGAUAACUGUACGUUGGACAGGCUAUCUAAACUACUUGCAAACAAGAGUAACGUCAGUGUUCCUCGACCUGAUCGAACCUCCAACUCACAAGCACUUCACCGUAGCGGUGAUAUUGCGAUAAUAGGUUAUAGCGGUGCUUUUUCGGGUUGCGCAGACAUCGACGAGUUUUGGAAUAAAAUUCUGGCUGGAGAGGAAUGUAUCCGCAGAACCGAGUCCGACGAAGAGAGCAUUGUCGAUGCUGCUGGCGUAAUUCCUGACAUAGAUCAGUUUGACCAUAAGUUUUGGAAUAUGACACGAGAUGAUGCGUCGAUAUUGGAUCCGCAGCUGCGUGUCUUUCUACAAACUGCUUAUCAUGCACUGGAGAUGUCAGGAUAUGUACGACAGCGGAACGAACUCAAAAUUGGGGUAUUUGCUGGAGCCGAACCCACAGAUUAUGGUGAUCCAAGCCAGGAGGCAGAAGGUAGUUUGCGCCGGUUGUUUGCCAUGAACAUGAAGGACUUUGUUUCCACUUUCACCGCACACAUGCUGAAUCUUCGCGGUCCCGCGGUCGGUGUGUAUUCCGCCUGCUCAACAGCACUUCUUGCCAUAGCUCAAGCUUGCAACUCCCUGCGACUCGGAGAUGUAGACUUAGCGAUCGCUGGAGGCAUUUCUCUGGUGUUUCCCAGCCAAACGCGCUACCUAAUCCAAGAAGGUUUGGUGCUAUCCCCAAGCGGAACAUGUACGCCUUUUGACCAAGAGGCUGAUGGCACGGUCAGAGGCUCCUCUGUUGGAUGUGUAGUGCUCAAGAGGUUGGAUCAAGCCCUGAGAGAUGGAGAUCAUAUCGCCGCUGUAGUAAGAAGCUAUGGCAUGAGCAAUGAUGGUUUACAUAAGGCCAGUUUCAUGGCUCCAAAUUGCACAGGACAGCUCGAAUGCAUGCGCGAUGCGCUCUCCACAUUAUCUCCACACGACGCUAAUAGAAUUGGCUAUAUUGAAUGUCAUGGGACCGGCACUCGCGUAGGUGACGAGAUUGAGCUUGAUGCCGUCAAGCAAGUGUACGGAGACAACUCUGACCUGAUCCUUGGUUCGGUAAAAGCUAAUAUCGGGCAUGGAUUCGCUGGCAGUGGCAUGGCUGGACUAUUCAAGAUAAUGAAAAUUCUCCAGGAGCGGAAGGUUCCUCCUCAAAUCAAUCUGAGACACUUGCGUAAGGAUAUUCCUUACACAAUAAAUACGAAGCUAUCCAGUUUGAAGGCCAACUCAAUGGCUGCAGUGAGUUCGUUCGGUAUAGGCGGUACAAACGUGCAUCUCAUUCUGGAUCAGCCGCCAUUGCGUACCACCAAGCGAACGGACUCCGGUGGGGUCCAUAUCCUCCCGAUAUCAGGUACGACAGCAAACUCAUGCAUUGCUCAGUGCCGAGCAAUCGCCACCUAUCUCAAGAGCACUCCUAAAACGGAUUUAAAGAGCAUUGCAGCUACUUUACAGUGCAAGAGAGAGCAUUUUGCUUACAAAGCUGGUUUUGCAGUUUCCUCAGUAGAUGAUGCCAUUUCGCAGCUUGAAAGUUUUUCAUCGCCAGUGCUAUCGUCAUUUUUGGAUAAUUCUAACAUUUGCUUCUUUUUCGCUCCACAAGGCGUACAAUACCCAAGCAUGGAGAAAGCCUCGCUGGAACAUGCCGAGGUAUUCACACACGAACUUUUGCGCCUUACUUCGUUUGCAUCCGAACUUUUCCGGGAAGACUUCAUGGCUCUGCUAUAUCCGGAUGAUCCGUGUGACAAAAGGAUAUAUGACGCUAAAUAUGCGCAAGUAGCUAUAUUUGUGAUAAGCAGAGCGAUACUGGCGCAAUUGCAACAGUGGGGAAUAUCGUCAAAUUUGCUUUUGGGUCAUAGCGUAGGCGAGUAUACUGCAGCUAGCUAUGCUGGUAUACUGGAUGAGCAUACUAGCAUCCGUCUUCUGCAAAAGAGAGCCGAACUAGUAUGCAAAACCAAAGCUGCUCGGAUGUUGGCGAUAACUGGAAAGGAUGUUCGACUGCCUGACGAUGUUGAGGUAUCUGCGGUUCUUUCAGACUAUAUGAAAUGCGUUGUUGGAAGUCCUGAGUCUAUUGAAGACUUUAUCAAACAACUUGAAGAAGAAAAAGUGUCUUAUAAAGAACUGACCACGAGCCAUGGUUUCCACACAUCGAUGAUGACUGUGAUAAGGAAAGAGUUUAAGAAACUUCUUGAAAGUGUACACUUUCAGCCGGGGCAGAAGAAUAUUGUGUCAAAUGUUGACGGGAGAAUAAUCACGGAUCUUACCACUGACUACUGUUGCGAUCACUUGAUUCAACCAGUGAAUCUCAAGAGAUGUUUGGAUACAGCACUAGCAAACAAGAACAUUCGUGUGAUCAUAGAGAUUGGUCCAUCUGGUAUUCUCAAGCAUCUCGUAGACGAAAGGAAUCUUGAGGUUCGCGUAAUCAGUACUAUCAAAGGGCGUUCAAAGAGCUCCAAGAUACACUCUCAGCUCUUUCAAUCUCUUGCUGACUUGUGGGCUUCUGGACUUAACAUCGAUUUCAAAGCGCAUUUUCCGUGCACCUCUUUUGAUCCUCACUUGCCAAAUUAUUCAUUUGAAAGAACAAGUUGUUGGAGGGAGACGUUGGAAAGCAACAGAAUGAAAUACUUUACCGUUGGUUGGAGACCCAGGACCAGGCUGGCUGAAGAAAAUAUGCACUUCCACAACGGAGACACUCUUUUAAUAACCGAUGAAUAUAGCGACUACUUGAAGUUCGAAUGUGGGCUUUGCGAGAUGCAAAUCAAAAAACCCGCUGAUGUUCUCAGCGGAGGAGCAGAAAUUCUUGAAAAGUAUUCCAUCAUCAUAUAUCUUCUAGAGAAGAACCCCGACGACAUAACGGAACCCUUUUUCUUAUCCCGCAGAAUCUGCUCAGCAAUAGCUGCAGAAGAAACGCGCUUUAUCGUCAUUUCGUUGACAGGCGACGCUGUUCAUUGGCCAACACUAGGGCCCAUCCGAGAAUUUCAUCUGGGUAGGAGGAGAAAAAACAUAUUUAUAGACAAUUCAGAGAGGGUCCCUCUUCCCAAACUCAUUCAUUCCGUAUUGAAUGUAGAUGAGGAAGUGCUGCUUGCUAUGAGGAAUUCCCUUUUGAGCAUGAUAUACGCGGAGGAAACUGCUAGUGGAUCAGACGUUCACUUGGGGAAGACGGUAGUAGUCAUUGGAGGUACGGGAGCGAUAGGUUCUACCUAUGUCGAAAUGCUCAAGAAAAGAGCAGGAGUUGAUAACAUAUUGAUACUCAGCCGUAAGACAAAGAGAGCUUUGUGUGGGCCAGGUGUUUCCGCUUUUACUUUGGAUAUCAAAGACGAGGAGUCCAUGACAAAAACAUUGGACGAGAUUUACAUGAGGCACGGGAGCGUCGACACUAUAAUUCACGCAGCUGGCGAAGCAACAUCAAGAUCACUGCAGAAGGACAUUCCGAGCAUGCUCAAGGUUCUGCUUCCAAAAUUGAGUGGAGUCACGAAUGUACUGAACUACCUCAACUCCAGGAGGAUCCAACUGGGUAGUCUAAUCAUGACAUCAUCACUGAGCAGCGUAGUUGCAUUGCAAGGGAAUGAAGACUACGCUGCAGCUAACAUCUUCAUGGAUGCACUGGCGCUGAACGGACAUCCUAGGGUGAACAAGAUUAUUUCGAUACAGUGGCCAGCUUGGAGCAGCGCGGGCAUGGCUGCGACAUUUGAACACAAUGAACUUCACUCCUUGCUAAUGAGAACUUCAAUUUCAUCUCAGACAGCUAGACGAGCAGUGAGGGAAACUCUCGGGCUUACAGGUGUGGUAGCAUAUUCGCCACUGUCACCGUUCGAAAUCAGAAAGAUGCUAGAGAAGGCCCAAGUUGCUGGAGAGCGACUGAAUGUUGCCGACAAUGUUAGUGAGGCGAAAGGUUCAUUCAAGGAUAAAGUUGCUGACAUUUGGAAAGAAGUGUUGGGUGUAGCGGUGCACGAUGAAUUGGAUUUCUUCAACAACGGUGGAAACUCAUUAAGUGCGCUUAGGGUUGUCUGGUCUCUCAGUACGAGGCUGAGGAUAGACACAUCUACAGCUACGCUUUUCAAACAUCCAUUGUUCAAAGAUUUCCUGGCAGCGCUAUCUCACACAUCCACUAAACCGAGCAAGGUUGCAUCUUUCGACGUAACAGUACCAGCACCGUUGAGUUACCCACAAGAGAAUAUGUUUCUCUUACGACACCUCGAGACUGGUGCACACUACAACAUAUUCUUUUCCAUCUCCUUCGAGAACAAAUCUAAAACAUUUUCGGUGCAAACGCUCACUCACACAAUUCAAACCCUCAUAGCUCGUCAACACUCCCUCCGCACAUGUUUUUGUUUGCGGGAUUCGGUGAACGCUCGCCAAAUCGUGUUGUCCCUAACCGAAAGUUACCAGAACCUUGCAUGCAAAGAGAUUCAACGUCAGGAACGGGAUCAAAUCAUUGAAGAAGAGCAAAACUACGAGUUCAAUUUGGAAAAUGUGCCAGUUAGGAUGCGGUUCAAUAAGAUCGCCAAUGACUAUGUCAUUUUCUUCAAUCAGCACCACAUCGUCACUGACGGUUGGUCCGUGACAGUGUUAGCGCAAGAGCUGAACAAGAUCUACGAAAUGUACUCGAACGCAGCGCAGGAACGAGUGCAACCAAUUCCGUACUCAAUAAGUGAGUUUGCACGCUGGCAGCAAGAACAUGUGACUUUCUCGGAAGAACUUGAAGAACUGCAAACUCUUUUAUUGGGAAGGGAAGCGACAACGCUACCUCAGAAGCCCCUUAAUAGCGGUUCUCGUCACUUCAAGAAGUUGGUCCAGAUUCUUCCUCUCAAAUUGACUGGCAGCCUUACACAACUGGCCAAAGAAUUCCACACCACCGAGUUUGUCGUAGCACUGUCAGCUUUUCUCCUCACACUGCGAAAGCUAAAAGCUAGUAGUCAAGAUGACACAAUCGUCAUAGGCAGCCCCAUUUUGAACCGUGAUGAGAAGGUGAAAGACCUAAUGGGAUAUUUUCUUAAUAACGUAGUCGUUUCAACAGAUGUACGGCUUAGUGAAAGUUUAGAAGACGUUAUUUCAUCGAUGAAGCAAACAACAGCAGCUCUGCGAAAAUUCGAAAAAGUUCCCUUUCAUAAGUUGGUUGCGAGAAUGAAUCCCAAGCGACAGUUAAACGAGCAUCCUUUGUUCCAAAUCUUUUUCAACUAUCGAUACGGGCUCGAGUUUCCUCAGAUCAACAUUCCUGAAACAAAGGUCGAAAUCAAUCAACUUUCUAUGAACAAAAUCUUCAAUCUCUCCGUAACCAUUGAUAACACCUCCAGCGGGACGAGUAUCACGAUGGAGUAUGACUCGUCGAGGUAUCGAAUCGAAACCAUUCGUCUGGUCAUGCGCACUAUGCUGAGACACUUGAUCGCAAGGAGAUUUGAGGAAACAGAGUCACGAAAUGAAGUCGAUUAUCCAACCUGCAUAAUGUCACAUGGUGAUGCUCUUUUGCGAGGAAGUGAGUUUACCUCCAUACUCAGAAGGACCAAUUUGAUGCGAUCUUAUGCGGAAACAGAUAAGAUAACAUCUGCGAUUGCUGAAAGGUUGAAUGAUUCUUGUACUAAGUUGUUAGGUUGCUCCGUGCGAUGCGACGACGUCAUAGGACUAGAGUUGAGCUCUGAGCAUGCCCCGGAAAUGAUCCUGGCAGUAUUCAAGGUCGGGGCUGCUUAUGCGCCCAUAGAUCCUCUCUGGCCAGCAGUACGAAAAGCACAGAUAUUGGAAAAAAUGCCAGUGAUUCUCAACAUUCAGGAGGACGCUCUAUCUUAUGCCUUGCAGUAUAGCUCACAAAAAAGGCGACUCAAAUUUAAUCGGAUAUCGACCUACGAUAUUGCAUACAUCAUGCACACAAGCGGAUCUACUGGCGUUCCAAAAGGAGUUGUUCUCAGCCACCGAAAUUUGAGCGCAUUCCUGCGCGGAGCGAAUGGGCAAACAUUGAUGAGACCAGGCCACCGUGUUUCCAAUUCAGUGAAUAUCGUCUUCGACGUUAGUGUCAUGAACAUUAUUGGAUCUUUCGUAAACGCCUGUGAGCUCUGCAUACAUGACAGCGUUCGUUAUGCACCAUUUGAGAUGAGGAAAUUGCAGUGCGAUUUUGCAUUUCUUACUUCUGCCACUUUCAACGCAUUGACCAUCGACGACCUGCGAAAGCUGACAUCGUUAGAAAAGCUUUUCAUAGGUGGCGAGUCAGUGAAUGACACGGUUCUCGGCGAUGCUCUAAAACUGGGUAUAGACGUAACCCAAAUCUAUGGACCUACAGAAGGCACUGUGUGGUCCCUCACAAACAGAUGUAAGAUUCUCGAAAACGAGGCUGCCCUCAUAGGCACGUCGAUGCCGAACGAAAUCUGCUCAACAAAAGGCAAUGCGUAUGAAGGAGAGCUUAUCUUGAAAGGUCCAAAAGUAGCGCGUGGGUACAUCAACGGCAAUGAAAGUGCACCAUUCUCUUUUGGAAAUGGUAUGAAGACGUAUUCUACGGGAGAUAUAGUGAGACAUGAGAGGGAAGGAUUCUUGUUCAGAGGACGAACCGACGAUCAAAUCAAAAUUAGAGGACAUAGAAUUGAAUUAGAGGAGGUGAAAAGAGCCAUCCUCAGCUCAUCGCCUGAUAUAUCGGAUGUCUGCGUUCUUCCUUACGAGAAGAAUGUCGUUGCUUUCAUAGUAUCCGGUGAACCAGUUCACGGCAAAUGUUUGACGAAAAAGCUGAGCUCGCUUUUGCCUUCUUUUAUGAUCCCGACGCGUUUCAUACGCAUAUCAGGCAUACCGCUGAACUCCUCCGGGAAAGUGGACAAGGACACCCUACUCAAAGAACUGUCUAGAAUUCGGAACAUAGACUCCGAAGAAUCCUCAUUUUCGGCAGAAGUGACCUCAUCAGUCGAAGACAGGUUAAUAGCCAUAAUCCGCUCUCUUCUGAAUGUUAGAGAAGUGAAUGUCAGUGAAAGCUUCUUCUCUCUGGGCGGACACUCCUUGUUGCUGUUCGAACUGAGAAAGCAGAUUCUGGACACUUUUGGAGUAACAAUCAAAGUACACGAACUAUUUGCCAAUUCGACCAUAUCUGAACUGGCUGACCUCAUAGCAAGUAAAAAGCAAGUUACAACCUGUGAAAGCGCCUCAAUCAUCAUUACACUUCGCAAAACUGCUCAGGGUAAACUAAAUGUUUACUUCUUGCAUGCAAUAGGAGGUUCUAUAUUCCCUUAUCAUGCUUUCCUUCAACUACUGCCUAAGGAAAUCAACAUUUAUGCUAUAGAAUACAAACUGCACUUCAAGGCAACAUCUCUGAAGGAGCUUGCCGCAUUUUAUGCAAAAGCGGUCUGCGCUCAUACAAAAGAAACUCCGGCGUUCCUCAUGGGCCAUUCCUUGGGAGGGAUAAUAAGCCGUGAGAUGGUCGAAGAGAUGAGACUCUGGGGCAAGGAGGUGCCAUUUGUAGUGAUGUUCGACACGUGGUAUAUAGAACCAGAAACACUGAAUAUUGAGAGAGUAGAAGCUUUUGCUGAUAAAAUCUUCUCCUCCCUCCCUGAUAAGACCCAACGCGUCGAAUGCGCAUCCCGAUUGGCAAGAAUGCUGAAGAAACACAAACUUUGCUCCUCAGAGACCAAGAUAUACCUAUUCAAAAGUACAGAAGUUGCCAACAAAGUGUUUCACAAAAUCAUCCGAUCUGAUCUCACCCCGAAAAUGUCCCGCUCCAUCACUGGGAAUGGAUUGGAUCGAUACUCUGAGCUUCCCAUUGACGUCUGGCUGAUUGGUGGAAAUCACGAGUCAUGCUUACAACUGGAGAACCUCAAUACUCGCAAGGCAACAAUUCUUUCACUAUUCAAACACUAUCUUUGA